AUGUCCAGCAGUAACAGAAGGGUAAGUUACAUGGGUCCCUACGCGGAGCCCGUCGGGUCUGACGCCGUGGCAGCAGCGGCUGCGCUGGGCAAAGCCAUCUCCCCGAACGGGAGAGCGGUGGACUACUCGAAGUUGCCAAGUUACAACGCACCACAGAGGGCCAACUCCGUGAAGAGGUUGUCGUCUUUGUCGUACUCUCAUAUGAAACCGUCUUCAGAGAGAAGGCAGUCGCUUUUGCGAGAGAAACCGCGUGCCGAAGGUGGUAGCAGUGGUGGUGGUAGUAACCGUAGGACUAGCAGUAUGCCAAGUGCGGCGCGCACCUCGUCACGGUCGUCUUCUCUAACUGGGAAUCGCGCAAGAGAAGCGCAUAACGCAUUCAAAGAGUUUGGUGGGGAGCAAACGUCCAAUCUUGUCUAUCAGCAGCAGAAGCCAAAGAUGGUCAAGAAGUACAUCCCGGGGCCAUAUGGGCUUGUCGCAGUAGAGGUACCCGCAGAACAGAACAGGAACAUCGAAAGGGAGAUUGCUCAGAGGAAGAAAAGGGCUUCUUACUCGCUGACGGGACACUAUCCGUUCUCUGGGAGGUCUAACUCCAUGCAAUUGAAACAUCAAGACUCAAGAAGGAGUGUUAGCAGCAGUACUCAGCAGAGAAAUAACUCGCUCGUUCGCGACUCAACGAAUAACUCCGCGAGAAGGCACAGUUCGAUAGGUGGCAGUGCUCCUACGCACAGGAAAAGUACAAGCGACCUUAAGAAGGGCGGUGCACCAAAGAACACUGCUGGGGCAGCAAACCAACAGAAGAAAAAAGUCGCUCUUGCGCAAAAAGAGGAGAAGCAGCAACCAAAGCAAAGGCAGUAUGACCAUCAAGAUAAAUCACUUCCAAUGAUUGAGACUUCUAUGCGAGAGGAAACUGAACUGGAAUUGGAACUGGAGCAGAGCUCAAAUUCAAAGAUCCUUGGCGAAGUCAGUGAACUCGAUAAACUGUUGGAAGAAAACAUCCGACUAGAAGAAAGAAUUGGGGAUAUGCAGCAGGGUAGUGUCGAUCAGAUCGAGGAACCUGAACCGAUUGCAACACCCGCUACAAGGGAGGAACCAAAAACUGCAGGUCUUCUAGUGGGCAAUGAUCAGCAGGGACUGAAGGCAGUGGAAUUGGACAAUGUCAAAGAGGACGAACUCCCAACAUUGGUAGACUCUGAUGACUCGAGAGUAAAUGGCGAGGCAAUCCCGUCAGUGAAUGAUAUGUUAAGCAAACCAGAUGUGGAUUUGGCCGCUGAAAUGGAGGAAAAGCUGGAGGAACAGGGCAAAUUACCACACGAUGUGGAAGAUAAACAGCAGGAGGUUGAACCUGUUGAUGAUAAGUCCCAGGACGUCGCAACCAAGGAAACUCAGGCGUUGGAGACUCCUUCGGUGAAGAAUGAACUUACAGAACAUCAUCCAGUGGAAACUGAACAUGAAGAUAUUUAUUUAGAACAACCUGAAUUAGUGGAAACAAGGGAGUCUCAGGCAGCGGAAGCUCAACCAGCAGACGCACAAGUAGAGGAUCUCCAACCUGCACAGGCAGAGGCUAACAUAGAAGCAACAAAAUCCAAAGAAGAGUCACAGCCAACUCAAAAAGCGCCUGAUGAGAGUAAAACGCCUACUAUAAACGUUGAUCACGUUGAGCACCAGGAUGAUACGAACUCCAACCCCCGAAUUUCGCGUCAAAGUUUCGUUGACCAAGGCUCUUCAGUUUACGACGACUCAUCCGUUUACGAAAAUGAUGAAAUGAUUACCACUGGUGACGAGUCUGAAGAAAUCAAACCAAUUGUGUUAAGUGGUGGUUCCGACGAUGAACUUGUUGCUUCUGAUGAACUGAGGUCUAAAGAACCGGAUGUUGCAACGUCGAUAGCGAACGAGGUCGAAAACGAUGGUAAUGAUUUACGUUCUGAUGCUUCGUCUUAUAAAUCGACCCAGGAAAAUAUGAGGAUCACUCCCCUACAAGAUCCUGAUAUCCCGCCCAUGAAUCCAAAGCGCAUUAGGAAUAGUUUCCAUGAGAACUCCGAAGCGGUGCAGGACAACAGUUACUCUAAGAAGGGCACAUCAGACAACAAUGCUGUGGUGAAAAAGGCGGUUAAAUCAGAGAAGAGCAUGGCAGGCUAUCUUCGUUCAACCAACCCAUAUUUGUCCAAAAGAGGGAAUCAGAAACCUUCUGGUGAUGGUGCCACACAAAAGAGUGCUACCAUGAGGAGAGGCAAUUCAUCGGAAGGGACGUCUUCUACCCCAACCAAGCAAACCAGCCCAAGACGUCCGCAAUCUGAAUUGAGGCCGCCUGGGAUGCAACAAAUUAGUCGUCAAAGGACUCCGAUAAAGUCAGCUCUGAAGAAGAGCAGUCCACAUUCAAAGGGAGGAUCCAAAUUUUCAGAUUCGCCUGCAAACAGUGCCUACUUGAAAUUGACAACUGCUGAGAACACUAGGUUGAACGCUCAACUGUCCACUGAAAACCUGGUUCCUCGUAAGCCAUCUCGGAAAAUGUUAAGACCAAGUUCUUCUGUUGGCCAAACGCCUCCUAAGAAAACUGCAUCUCCAGCCGCCGCGGAUGGUACUUUACGCAGGGACUCCCAAUCGAAGGAGAGAACCGCGGGCCAUGCAAAGCAUCUAUCUUCUUCGAAUUCUAAGAGGGCGUCGAAAUUAGGCAAAGGGGAUGCCAUCCAUACACACGCUAGGCCAACGACACACCCAACAGGGACGAAAAGUACGCCCACCAAACCCAAGAAGGAGGCAGCAAAACCCAAUCCGGCCUUGAAUAGUAUCUUAUACCCCAAGGAACCCCCACAGAAAAGGUCGAGUUUUGAAAGACUAAGAAACAAGAACGAGGGUCUAGGAUUUAAAAAACAGUCGCUCAGGGAAGCUAUGAUGGCUGGUGAAGACGGUAUGAUGGACGGAGGAUAUGACCGUCAAUCAAAUGCACAGACGCCUCAUCACUCUACUAAAGACGAUAUCCCUACCUUGUUUAAUGGUUUUAGUUCGCGUUUCCAGGACUCUGAUGCUGAGGACGAGGAAUACGAUGAGAGUAUACCUUCUAACAGGGGCAACGCAUCCGAUGCGCGGUCCGGGGGAUCCAAGCAUAAAUCAGGCGGUCUAUCGUUCCUCAAGAGUAAGAUGGUGCCGACAGGACAUAGAGAAGACAAUCAUUUGUCCGCACCACAGCACCAGCAAUUGGGCAGUGAUAACCAGAGGUCGGUGUCAAAGCCCGUUGGUUCCAGUAAACCAAACGCAGACAAGGGAUUCAUGCGUACUGCAAGUGUGAACGAUAGUACAAUGGUUGGUGCUUCUCCAGCAGCCCAAACCCAGACUCGUAAUGAUACCAAUACAUCAGAGACUUCAGCGCAAGGAUCUAAAACCGAGGAUGGAAAAAAGUCAAGUAACUUCGGCAAGAAACUGAAGAAGUUGUUUGGCCGCAAGAAUUGA